GGGCGGGGGAGGAAGCGAGAGAGAGAGGCUGUCAGAUAGCCAGAGAGUGGUUUACCGCAGUAUUGCCACCGUUCUGCAUCACUCAUCAAAACCCUGCGGCAUGCCGACUGCUUCAGUUGAAGAGUUUGGGUUAGCUUAGUUACAUCCGCAAGAGUUUAGUGGACGCUCUUCUGUAAUGAGAUAACAGAGAACCGCUAACCUACCAAUCAUAUCGUGCUCACUUUUUUAGCUUUCAUCUCUUUUUAACUUUGUUUUGGGGGCUAGGCCUACUUUUAUUAUUGUUUUGGGUUAAGAAAGAGUAAACCAUCAGUUUACCAUAUUGUGGCACAAGCUAAGACAUAGUUUUGCUGUAAUUUAUUUCAAGCCGUUGAGUGCACCUUGUUAGUAUCAGUAAAAAUGGCCAAGGAUGACGGCAAGGGUGGAUCAUGGAAGGAGUCAAUUUGGAACUCAAGGACCAAGGAGUUUCUGGGCCGAACGGCAAGCAGUUGGGGUCUCAUCAUCCUCUUCUAUGUGGCCUUCUACAUCUUCCUGGCAGGAGUAUUUAUCCUCACCAUGUAUGUCAUGCUGCAGUUACUGGACGACAACAAGCCAAAAUAUCAGGACAGGCUGGGUAUACCAGGCAUGAUGAUCAGGCCUAAACAUGGUCCCAAUGGGUUUCUGGAGAUUGACUACAUGAUGGAGGACACUGAGACCUGGGACAUGUAUGUGCAGGCGCUGGACCAGUUUCUGUCGCCCUACAAUGACACUGAGCAGGCCAAGAAGAACUACGAGUGCACGCCUGACAAGUACUUCUUCCAGUCGGACAGCGGCAGUGUGAGGAACUACCCCAAACGCUCCUGCCAGUUCAAUCGCUCCAUUCUGGGAGAGUGCUCCGGCUUGACUGACCGCUCCUAUGGUUUUGGUGAUGGACAACCCUGCGUCAUCAUCAAACUCAAUCGGGUGGUUGGGAUGUUGCCAGGUGGAAAGGACGGCGAGGCUCCAUUUGUCACCUGUGCGCCCAGGAGAUACAAAGUUGUUACAGAAGAAGAAGCCGAGGAAGGUGAAGAAGAUAAGAUGGGCCAGGUGAUGUUCUUCCCUCCCAAUGGCACAUACAACCUCAUGUAUUACCCCUACUAUGGCAAGAAAGCACAGGUAAACUACUCCCAGCCUCUGGUGGCCAUUAAGUUCCUCAACGUCACCACCAACACCGACAUCAACGUCGAGUGCAAGAUCACCGCUGGAGGCUUCCAAAUUAAGGGGGACGAGAAGGAUAAGUUUGCUGGCAAAGUGAUAUUCAGGCUAAGGGUGAACACCAGAAACUAAAGGCAAAGCCGGGUCAUUUACUAGCCCACACAGUCCCCUAACAUCUCACAGUAAGCAGCGCAGCACAGCACCGCACAUCACAACCCACACAGACUACAUCCAUCCAUCCCCAUGCAAAGUCCCAAACCAGUAUUGGCACCUAAUCAUGUCUUUUGAAACAAGGUUCAGGAGGAGCCUACAGGGGUGAUAGACAGCUCUCACUCGUUCUAAAUCCACUUACCUGUCCUGUGCGUGAUACUUCCUGGUGUUGCAAGCAUCCAACACUUCCUCCCAAUCUUCUUGAUGACGUCAGAUAGAAGCAUCUCAAGGACCGUGGCCAGCUACCGAGCCAAACACGCAAAAUGCCAUUCUAUUCAAGCAUUCCAAUUGGCAAACUGUACUGAAUUGGAGAUUACAUUAACACCUUUCCCAUUUUCUGAGCUUGGACGUUUCCACCAGUCUCAUCCAGCUCCUGACCAUAGCUGUGUUAUGUGGAGAGGAGAUAUAGGUGCCAGUACUGAGUUUUCUUUCUGUGUGAUGGCUUUGGGGAAACAUUUUUGCUAUUUUCAGUAUACCAAUAUGGAGUCUAUUUAUAUUGCAUGACCAAGUUGAGGAAAAUAUAGGACAAAACAGCUGUAUGAUUUUGUGAAGUGAUACAGCUUUGCGAAGAGUGUCCCAUUCCAACUCAAGCCAUUUAUGAGAUGCUUCUGUACCUCUACAAAAUACAGAAAAAGUGCAUUACUGAGCAAAAUAAAUAAUAAAUUAUUGCACAGAUAUUUCAAAACAUUCAAAAUGUAGUGACUGUUUUUGCUGCAGGGGUAAAACACACUGACAACGUAAAUUUUUUUUGGACAGCAAAUAGUGGGCUCUCUCUGUACGCGUGUGUCGUCUUAAUAUAAUGAGGGGUGCAUCGCAGGGUGACUCAUUUCAAUUCUUCUAAACGUGUGCAUUAUCCAUGAGGCUCAUUGAUUUCACCAAGAGUAACUGGACAACACAGCAACGGGGCAUCAUAUUCACACCCCCAUCAGCCCUCCGCUGCUCUCAUUCCCCCUCUCUCUCACACACACACACACACACACACACACACUCUAUAAAUGCGCACACAUUCACAUACAAGCACACACAUACACACACAGACACACUCACAUACAUGCACACACUCAUCCCCUCAUUAACUCAUUAAUGCAACCCAAGAGAUAGGAUGCCAUCCAUACUAUAAUAGAGUGCUGAGUUCACGACCCUUGGAGUUGAGUGUGCUGAUGAUGGUGCUUAUCCCACCCUAACUGUAGCUGUGUGUUGUCCAUCAUGAAGAAAACAAAAUGUAUUUUAUAUAUCGGGAAGUCAUCCUGUACACUCAACCAUUCCAAACAUAAGAGAUACAGCUUCACCAUAUGGGACAUGUGGACGUUUGUUUAUAUGACAUGUAUAAAUAGUUAUUUUUGUUUGUUUGAUUUUGUUUAGUCUUUUUUCCCCUCUUUUUGCUUGUACUAAUGGCAUCUAUUCUACAAGUGAGAAGUAGAUGCUGUUUUAAUUUUGUAUUGAUUUGCACUGUGGUUGUGUGUUGUGAACAGACAUCAUUGGAAAGCUUGAGACAGUCACUGGAAAGACAAAAUGUCGUAUGUGUAAGUGUGUGUGUGUGUUAGAGAGAGAGAGAGAAAGAGAGAGAGAGAGUGUGAGUAUGCAUGUGCGGGUGCAAGAGUGCGUGCAAGUGUGUGUGUGUGUGUUAUUUUUCUUUUCUUUGGUUGUUAAAUUUAUGUUGAAAUCUCUGUUUCUGUCAUGCAUUCAUGUACAUACCUAACUCUAAACUCAAAUUUUACGAAGGCCGUUUAGGUGACACUGAUAGAUGGAGAACUAGCUGUACUCACUCGUUCAAGCACUGGGCAACAGGCCUCAGUGGAAAAGGCCUUUUCAAACCUGUAGCCCCUUCUCCAGCACAUCAGUCAAUAAAAUCAACUAAACAUCA